UAACUUGACGUGUCUCCGUUCGGGCUUUGACGUAUGAAUCAUCCUUCGCAAGAUGGCGAUGCACCUGUUUCUCCUACGGUGAUCACGGUUGUUAUCUGCGCAAACACGCGAACGGACCAUCCGGAAGGACUCACCACUUCUUCGGCGGCGGCGUCCAACGGCUGCAGCUACUUCCGCCCUGCAGUAUGUCCACGGAGGAGCUGUCAGCGUCGGACAGCGAGGCUGUGUUCGCCGGCGCCGGAGAGCGAUGGGCACCGGUCGGCGCCGUGGCAAAUCCCGAGGAUGAGAGCCGCGGCGGUGGGCAGCCGAGGCAGGGAGGCUCGCCCUGCGUCACCGAGGAGGAAACGGCCUCCAGGAUGAGGAAGCUGGAAGAGGAGCAGGACUUGCUGAACUCCUCUCUGCUCGCGCUCACCUCCCACUUUGCUCAGGUGCAGUUCCGACUGAAGCAGAUCGUCCACGCCCAGAGCGAGGAGAAGGAGAGGAUGCUGGCGGAGCUGGAGGAGUUCGCCUUCAGGGGCUGCCCGCAUGUUGUGGGCUGCAGAGCUCAGGAUGCCAAACAGCUGGAAAACACGGGGGAUCUGAGUGAGCGGGAGAAAAGGGAACGUCUGGAAGCUCAGAGGGAAAAGCAGAAAGAUCUAAUUUUCCAGCUGAAGACACAGCUGGAUGAUCUGGAGCGCUUCGCCUAUCAGGAGGGCAGCUACGACUCGCUGCCUCAGUCUGUUGUCAUGGAGAGACAGAAGGUCAUCAUUGAUGAGUUGAUCAAAAAGCUGGAUGUCAACUUGAAUGAGGACAUUGGCAACUUGUCGCCCGAAGAGCUGAGGCAGAGGGUUGACGCCGCCAUCGCUCAGAUAGUGAACCCAGCCAGAGUCAAAGAACAGCUGGUGGAGCAGCUCAAGACCCAGAUCAGAGACCUGGAGAUGUUCAUCAACUUUAUCCAGGAUGAGGUGGGGAACCCUCUGUUGUCAGAUGGUAGGCCGCAGCCACAAGCAGCAGGGACCAAUGCACGAAAUCCAGGGUCCAAAAAGAAAGUAGACCCAGAACAGGCCCAGAAGAUGCGGGAAACCGGUCUGCAGCUUAUCCAGAAGGCUCUCGCUGUGCUGCAGAUCUUCGCUGCGAGCCAGUUCGGCUGCACAGCCGGCCACGUACCGCAGAGCAUGUGGCCCCAGGAGCCGGUCAAUCAGGACUAUGGGCCCCUGCUGCAGCAGCUGGAGGCAAGUGUGGAGAAGGUGCGAAUCCUGGGCUCACGCAAACAGCCCUCCCUCGAGCAUGUCGUCAACUACACCAGCAACGCAGCACUGGGGCCCAGAGACGAGCUGACGACGUCUGUGAGGAAGGAGCUGGCGAUUGCUCUUAAGGACCUGUUGGCUCACGGUCUCUUCUUGCCCUCACAGACCAUGAGUCUGGUGCUGGCACCGAUCUCAUGCCUGCUGCCUUUCAGACCAGCCACGAAGUCCAUCCACCCAUGGGAACUGUUUGUUAAAUACUACCACUCCAAAAAUGGGAAAGCCUUUGUCGAGUCACCAGCCCGCCAGCUUUCACAGUCCUUCAGUCUGCCUGUAGGGGGUGGACCAGUGACUAUCACCCCUAAACAGUCUCUGCUGUGGGCCAUUCACACUGUGCUGAAGGAACACGGACGCUACAAACGAGGACCAGACACCGAGUUUAAAGCGCUGGUGUGCAUGGCGCUCAACGAGCAGCGGCUCGUGUCAUGGCUCAACCUGCUGUGUAAGUCAGGGACUUUGAUUCACCCUCACUACCAGUCCUGGAGCUACAUGGCCCAGACCGGCUUUGAAGGAGCCCUGCGCAUCCUGGGCCGCCUCAGCCACCUCAAGUUCAACCUCCCAGUGGACUUGGCUGUUCGGCAGCUGAAGAACAUCAAGGACGCUUUCUGAAAAUCGCCAGUCUUAGAAAUGAAGUGUUAAAUCAGCUAAACAGCCAGACCAAAAAACCCAGUGAUAAAUUACAGUGCAAGUAUGUGAUAUCAUCAGUAUGCACGUGUGUGGAUGGUUAUAAGCUUCAGCUUCAAGCAGCCCUAAUUUGCAUAACACACUAGAUUUAAGAUACCAACAUUUCAAGCAGACAAAGCUAAUUUUACUGUAAACUUGCCUUAGAGUGGAGAUGGCGAUUACCUCAUUUUUUUAGUAAAGCCUUUCUGAUCUUUGCAUCCUCUGCUCAUUUUACAUUCCUCUCUUCAUGAUAGUCCCCUGACCUAUGCAGCAAAGGGAUGCAUACAGUAGUCAGUACUGUAACGUGGUCGGCUGUUAAGACAAUCCAGUAGGAAAUAUAAAACAGGAACGCUUUGAUACUGUGGCUUCAACAUAGUAACAAUAGGCUUGUAAUUGGGCCAGGUACUGUGCUAGUACAGAUCAAUUUCUUUUUAAUGGAAUUAAUUAUUAGCGGUAAUUCACAUGUAGCAAACUGACUGAUUGUAAGCCUAAGUGACAACACUUUUCUUUUGUUUGUGAGGUAAAUUUUGUAUCUUCCUCAAAAAGCUGUGUUGCAUGUGUGGGAUCCUUGAAUACUGAAUGUAAAAACCAUAGAUGCCAUUAAUGAAUAUUAUUUUUGCUGUAUGCUUUGGUGAAACAUCAGUGUUCCUGCAUCCUCGUGUAUGUGAUACUUUGGCUGAUUUCACAUUGUUUAGACAAACAUCUAUUAUUAUUCUGUUGUUUUGUUAUUCUAUUAUUGGAGUUAGCAAGGCCCUGUGAUUGACUGGCGACCUGUUCAGGGUGUACCCUGCCUCCCGCCCAUAGCCAGCUGGGAUAGGCACCAGCCCCCCGUGGGAUUAAGCUGGAUGACUGGAUGGAUGAAUGAAUGGAUGGAUGGAUGGAUGUGUUAGCAAACAUGUAUUUAUUUAUUUCAUAACAUAUUAGUGGAACACUUAUGUAGGUAGAACAUUUCAAAAUAUAUUAAUAUACAAAAUGCAGUAGCAUUUCAUAAAAACAGGAAUACAUUGUUGUUAAUUUUUGUGAAGUUACAUUAAGAAGUGAAAUAUUGGAUCAGUAGGUUUUGUUUAUUUUAGUUAUUAUUACGUUUAAAGCUUAUGUAUAUGUCUGUUGACGGUUACAUCAAUAAAUAAAUUGCUCUGCUGCUUAUGA